GAGAGACAUCCAUCAUGUCCAAGACAUUGAAAAAGAAGAAACACUGGUCCAGUAAAGUACAGGAGUGUUCCGUGUCAUGGACCAAUGAUGGGGAGUUCGGCACCAUGGUCGACAUUCAAGGGGGUGCGGAGUCGGGAGAGUUCCCCAACCUCGGACCGGUAGUUUCAGAAGCAAUGGUUUGUCACAUCGGACGGUUUCCCAGCCCUGGAGACGUGCUUCUGGAAGUGAACGGCACUCCAGUCAGUGGGCUCACCAACCGAGACACCCUUGCUGUCAUCCGCCACUUUCGGGAACCAAUUCGCCUGAAGACUGUGAAACCAGGUAAGGUGUUGAACACAGACCUGCGGCACUACCUCAGCCUGCAGUUCCAGAAGGGCUCCCUGGACCACAAGCUACAGCAGGUGAUCCGGGACAACCUGUACCUGCGCACCAUUCCCUGCACCACCCGGCAGCCCAGAGAGGGGGAGGUCCCUGGCGUGGACUACAACUUCAUCAGCGUGGGCGAGUUCCGGGUGCUGGAGGAGAGCGGGCUGCUGCUGGAGAGCGGCACCUAUGACGGGAACUACUACGGGACGCCCAAACCCCCCGCCGAGCCCAGCCCCGUGCAGCCCGACCCAGUGGACCAGGUGCUUUUCGACGAGGAGUUUGACACCGAGGUGCAGCGCAAGCGGACCCCCUCGGUCAGCAAGAUGGACCGCAAGGACAGCGCAGCGCCGGAGGAGGAGGAGGAAGAGGAGCAGCAGCGGCCGGCCCUGGUCAACGGCGUGAACGACCACCCGGACCCCGAUGCGUCCGAGUGGAGGAAGUCGGUGCCCAGCUACAGCCAGUCGGCCGCGGCCAUGGACCCACAGGCCUGGGCCGCCCUGUCCCGGGACGAGAGCCAGGACCCCCUGCCCAAGAACAUGGAAAUGGCCUACACAGAGACCGGCAUGGUCUACUUCAUCGACCACAACAGCAAGACCACCACGUGGCUGGACCCAAGGCUGGCCAAGAAGGCAAAGCCCCCUGAGAAAGGCGACGAUGGAGGGGAGAGGAUGGCAGCCCAUCAGCCGGUUGUAGAUCUGCCCUAUGGCUGGGAGAAGAUUGAAGACCCCCAGUAUGGCAGCUACUACGUGGACCACAUCAACCAAAAGACCCAGUUUGAGAAUCCGGUCCUGGAGGCGAAGAAGAAGGCGACAGUGGACACGCCCCCUUCCAGUCAGCUGACCCCGGCCACGCCCCCCGAGGAGGCGGGCCGGGCGCUGGCGGGGCGGGUGUUCACCCGGGACCCGGCCCAGCUGCAGGGGAACGUCCUGCGCACUGCGCUGAGGAAGAGCCCCCUGGGCUUCGGCUUCACCAUCAUCGGGGGGGACCGCCCCGACGAGUUCCUCCAGGUCAAGAACGUGCUGGCGGACGGCCCCGCCGCCCACGACAACAAGAUCGCCUCCGGCGACGUGAUCGUGGACAUCAACGGCCUGUGCGUACUGGGCAAGACCCACGCCGACGUGGUGCAGAUGUUCCAGUGCAUCCCCAUCAACCAGUACGUGGACCUGGUGCUGUGCCGCGGCUACCCGCUGCCCGCCGACACCGGCAGCGGCAGCGACGCCUCGGCCGAGGCCAAGGACCCCUCCCAGACCCCCUCCCCCACCGCCCGGCCGGACCCCCACCACGACGUCCCCGACGGGGGCGUCACCCUCCCCAGGCAGGGCGCCGCCGUGGCCAACGGCGGGCGCCACCACCACCACCACCACCACCACCACCACCAGCAUCAUCCACCACAACAACCAGCGCAUCACCCGCAAGGGCACCACCACCAGCACCACCCGCAACCCCCCCAGGCGGCCCCGGAGGGCCCGGACCCCACCCUGCUGCAGCCCGAGCUGAUCGGCGUGCCGCUGGUGAAGGGGCCCGGCGGGUUCGGCUUCGCCAUCGCCGACUGCCCGCUGGGCCAGAAGGUGAAGAUGAUCCUGGACGCCCAGUGGUGCCGCGGCCUGCUGAAGGGCGACGUCAUCAAGGAGAUCAACCGGCAGAACGUGCAGACGCUGAGCCACGCCCAGGUGGUGGACAUCCUGAAGGAGCUGGCGGUGGGCAGCGAGGUCAGCGUGCUGGUGCUCAGGGGAGGCCAUACAUCUCCUGUCAAAUCCCUGAAACCAGCCAUGACUCAGCAUCCCGUAGUCCAGGCGGCGCCCCACCCCUCGGCCCAGCCCCUACCCCAGCCCGGGGCCCCGUCCGGGGGGCAGCACAGACCGACGGAGAGACAGGACAUGACGGCCAGCACGGAGACCCUGAGUCCUGUGGAGCCGCCCCCCCAGCCCCUACCGUACUCCUCCUCCUCCGGCACCCUGCUGCGCUCCGCCUCGCCCAAGCCCGACGCCUCGGAGCUCUACCUCAGGUCCCGGGCCAUGCUGGACAGCCAGCCUCCCAACACUAAGGACCUGGACGUGUUCAUCAAAAGGAACCAAGAGUCUGGCUUUGGUUUCAGAGUGCUGGGAGGCGAGGGGCCGGAUCAGCCUGUGUACAUCGGGGCCAUCGUGCCCCUGGGCGCGGCGGAGAAGGACGGGCGCCUGCGGGCGGGGGACGAGCUGCUCUGCAUCGACGGCGUGCCCGUCAAGGGCAAGUCACACAAGCAGGUGCUGGACCUGAUGACCAACGCCGCGCGCAACGGCCAGGUGCUGCUCACCGUCCGCAGGAAGGUGGCGCACGCAGACGUGGUCGGCCCGGAGGAGGGCGGCCCGCAGCCGGCGCUGGCCCUGGUCAACGGGUCUCCCAGGGUGCCGCGGGUGCUGGAGGCGGGGUCGCUGCCGCCGCCGCCGCCCUCGGCCCAGCAGCACGCCCGGCCCGAGUGCUUUGACAUCACGCUGCACCGCAAGGACAACGAGGGCUUCGGCUUCGUCAUCCUCACCUCCAAGAACAAGCCCCCCCCCGGAGUGAUCCCCCACAAGAUCGGCCGCAUCAUCGAGGGCAGCCCCACGGACCGCACGGGCCAGAUGAAGGUGGGCGACCGCAUCUCGGCCGUCAACGGGCGCUCCAUCAUGGACCUGUCCCACAACGACAUCGUCCAGCUCAUCAAGGAGGCGGGCAACUCGGUCACCCUCACCGUGGUGCCCGAGGACGACAGUGGACCCCCGUCUGGUGCCAGUUCAGCCAAGCAGAGUCCUUCAGCACAACACAGGGUCAUAGGCCCCCAGGCUAACGUCCACACCGACAGGAACGGCCAUGGAGAGGACAGGAGGGAGUACAAGACCCUGCCCUCACGAGAGACGCCGGGCACCAAGCAGGGCUGCUUCGUGGUGGAGCUGGAGCGCGGCCAGAGGGGCUUCGGCUUCAGCCUGCGGGGGGGGAAGGAGUACAACAUGGGCCUGUUCAUCCUGCGCCUGGCAGAGGAAGGGCCAGCCCUCCGCGACGGGAGGAUACACGUGGGGGACCAGAUCGUGGAGAUCAACGGCGAGGCGACCCAGGGCAUCACCCACACCAGGGCCAUCGAGCUGAUCCAGGCAGGGGGCCACCGGGUGCACCUCCUGAUGCGCCCGGGCCAGGGUCUGGUGCCCGAUCACAGCUCAAAGGACAAAACGACUAUCCCGACGUCCGGCUUUGCCAGGCUCUCUGUAUCUGAUGAGCCUCCAUCCCCAGCCUCUCCGCCCUCCGCCCCCGAGACAUAUCCAUUCCCACCCAACACCACCCCCACCCCCACCCCAAGCCCCGACGACACCCUAGGGGUGGGCGCCCCCGAGCGCGGGGGGUCGACCAAGCGAGCCCGCGGGCGACCCCACCAGAAGCAUCCCAGCAGCCACAGUGGCCCAGACCAACACCCCCCACACCUCGACCUGCCCCACCCAGACCAGGCGACCGGCCCGGCCAGAGAAGGCCCGGGCUGGGGAGACCGCUCGGAGCCCGCCCCCCACAGCCCCAGGGAGGCGGAGAGAGGAGGAUACGACGGAUCCCCGGAGGACCGGAGCCGGGAGAAACAGACCCACCGUCCCUCCUCCUCGAGCCCCAGGAAGGGCUCCGGGAGGGGGGAGCCGCAGCAGGAUGAGGCUGUGGGCCCUCACAGGAGCCCGGAGGAGCCCCACAGUCCCCGGCGGCCAGCGGGCCAGGAGCCCAGGGAGAGGAGGGGCAGGGGGGAGGAGGAGCGAGGAGACGCCCCCAUCCAGGGAACCGCCGAGCGCCGCAAGAGAGACGGCGGCGGCCCCGCCUCCAACGGCCCCGCCCAGAGGGAGCCCGACCACAGCAGCUUGGGCCGCAGGGCGGGCAGGCAGAAGGAGAGGGAGAGGCAGGCGGACCAGGAGGGCCAGCAGCCCCCGGGGCCGGCUGAAGAGGCGGGCAGGAGGGACCCCAGAGGGUCCAGCAGCAGCCUGCAGGACCCCGUCUACAGCGGGACGUCCGGCACCAAGAAGGCUGCCAUCACUCCGGGCCCCUGGAAGGUCCCCAGUACCUCCAAGAUCCAGUCCCACGGAGAGACGGCUCAUGAAGGGUUUUAAUCUGCUCACAGGGCACCCGAUGUCCAACCAGAAGGAUCAGGAGGAGGAGAAGGAGGAGCCUUCUCCGUAGCAUCGACGGUGAGAAUGGAAGGAUCAACCACUUUGUGUGUUUAUUAAAGAGACAUUGGCAUCACUGUGUAACUAACGACCACAAUGCAUCAUCGAGCUCAUUAUCAAUUAAUUUCACCUUGUUUGCCUCGGUCAGGGUCGUCAGGGUCUUGAGGCCUGUUCUGACCUACUUAUUUGUGCUUAGAUGUGCUUAUAUUAGCUUUCCACAAGGGGGGGGUCUUCUGUGUUUUACUUGAUUAUAAUUACGUUCGGAGGAGGGGGGGGGGGUUGAUGACGACAUCUUUGACUGUGCCAACGAAGUGAUCCCGGGCCAUGAAGAAGCUGCUCUCACUCUCACUGUGACCCGAUUCUAGUGAUGGCGGGAGGGAACGGACGGCGGUCCACUACCUCCACACUGAAGACUCACAGAACCCCCCCCCCCCCCACCCACCCAUUCCCCCUCAGCAUCCGAUGCAAUCAGUCAUCUUUACUUCCUGGGGAGAUUGCUCCACUGUGGGCGGUGGUUGAUGGAUGUGUGAGGAGGAGGAAGAGGAGGAGGAGGAAGGACUUUAAUCAACUUUCAGAAGGGGACAUAUAAUCACCCGGGUCAUCUUUUUUCUACGUCUCGACCGUGAACCAGAGCUGUGAACUUGUGUGUCAGAGCAUGCCUGUAGAGUGUGUGUCCCCCCCCACCUCCCCCCAUCAGCUUGGCAGUUGCAGAGUGCACUGAUCCAUCCAGAGGCUUAAUAUGCAUCCCAACAUCUGACCGGACACUUGUGGCUAUAGUUAUUAUUCUUUGUUACCAUGUGUGGUUCCUGAGGACGGAUGUUGUAAUUUAUUGGGAGAAUCUGUAUGAAGGAAAUAUCAUGGUUAUAUAUAUAUAGUGAGUCAUUAUAUCUUUUGAUAACGAAACCUGAACAAAAAUAGAAGAAAUAUAAUGUGUCGAUAAGCAUUACCAUUGAAAAUGAUUUACCCAGGUCAAAGCCACUACUAUGUUUCAAGUAUUUACGUUUGCAAUACUCACGGGAAAGCCAACGCAUGGGAAUAGAGCACCAUGGAUAUAGACCUUCUGUUCCUACUAAUUUGUGUUUGUGGUGUGCCCCACAAGCUGAUUCCAUCCAUGUGAUGUAGUCCACUGCUAGUAGUUAUGUAUUCUAUGUCACUAUAUAUGUCCCUUGUUGGAUCUGUAUAUUAUUAUUUAACAGAAUAUCUAUAUAUAGUGCAAGAAGUACAAUUCAGAUUUGGCGUAUCACACUGAUUGUAAACAAAAUGCCUUUGCCUUUUACUUAUUGAAGCAGACAAUUGUUAUUUUCUUCCUUAGUAUUUCUUGUCACCCGUGUGGUUCUUAAGACCGUUCCCCGAAAAUGUGACCAACUUGGUGCGAUUUUUUUUUUUACCGUUGUCAAUCCGCAACAAAAAGUACCUUGUGUUUGGUUCUUCCAUAAUGUAACUUCAAUGUAGAACUUGGACUGGGGUAGAGAAAGGACUUGUUCAUUCAUUACAUUGCUUUGGUGGUUUCAGCACAUCCUGUGUUGACAUUGCAUCAUACUGUUAACACUGAAUUAAAUAUGGCAUUGGUCUACUAUUUGUAUAAAAUCUGUCUUCCCUUGUUUACCAAGAUAUAUUGUAGGCUUAUAUUAGACACGUUUUGAGUUGGCAGUGUAUUACUGAAAUUAACCUAUUUUUUAAAGUCUUACAUGACACGUAUGGAUUUGUAGCAACUUAAGUAGAUGGUAGCAUUACCUAUUCAGUCCAAAAAUUAUGUCUGUAAUUAUUUAUAUGUCCCAACAACAAAAAACAGAUGGGAAUUUUCUCAGGAUUGAAAGUAACCAGCAGAAGCGCUAUGUUGUUAUUGCCACACUGCGGUGGAGUGCAGAGACAUCUAGUGUUUUAUGUACUGUACUGCAGGAGAGUUAUAAUUGAGAUGUUGGGGGAACUUGCAUAAUAGUAGCCUAAAUAAAGAAAUCCCAAAUAGAUGGCUAAAAUGCCCUUCUCGGUCUGCCUAAAUAUUUGCAUUUUGUAGUCUAGAUUUCGUUUAUAGCUCAUAAAUUAUUGUCCUUUUCACAUAAUGGGCUGCGGUACCAUAUGUUCACAUGACGUUUAAUACUGUGGCCUUGCAUUGCUUCAACAUACAAACAGCCUUCUUAGGUUUGAGUUCAUUGUAGUUUUAAAUGUUUAUAAAUUGUACAGCACCUGUAUAAAAAAAAUCCCUCAUUCAGAUAAAAAAAAACAAUACUCUGUAAAUCGUUUCAUUAUUUUUUUAAGUAUUGAAUGGAAAAUGAUAUAAAAUUGUGAAAGGAAAAUAUUCUAGUCAUGGCAUUCGGUUAAUGCACUGAUAAAUAAAGGUUUACUGAAUAAUUGACUUGCAAGCAUUCCUUUUGUUACCAUGGGUGCCAUUAAUUAAGGCAUGAGAGAAAAUGUUUCCUCAUCUACUCUGAUAGGCCCUGCGGUCAUAUAUCUGUAUAACUCAAUAUUACUCGGUUUGCUAUUCAUGAAUCUACUACAACCAUUAUACUACCAUGGUUUGGCCGAUCGGUAAGGACUAUUUAUUCGUGAUUUUAUUAUCACACUAUUAUGUUUGUUAUGAAUUGUACUUGUAGGCCUACUAUUUGAUCAUAACACAAUUGAAACGGUUAGCCUAUAGGCUACAUACAAAUAAAAGUUGAAGACACCGUGAACUGCCUGCUAGAGCUACAGGUAAUGUGCCUUAAUAAUGUUUGAAUCAACAUAAGCCUUCACGCACACUAUUGCCGAAAUCCUGAAUACCGUCUGAAGCUUCUGUCAUGACGUCAGCUGUAAAUGCGUG